CUCCUAAGCCAUGAAAUAGUCGCAAAGCCUUUUCUUUCUUCUUCAUUUCUAAUUGCUUUCGACCAAGAUCGAUCGUGGAGACGUCUACCUCGUAGACCUCUCUCUCAACUUGAACUCCCAUUUCUUGUUGCGGACAUCAAAUAUGCGGCUUUCUCGCUUCGUUCUCCUCAUUUGUCUCGUUAUUGUUGCACCAGCCGUAUCGGCUGAUUUAACUAUCUUGAAAACGGAUUACUACCAAAAAACAUGCCCUGAUUUUACAAAAAUCGUGCGUGAAGCCGUUUCAACGAAGCAAGCUCAACAACCGACAACUGCGGCCGGGACACUACGCCUCUUUUUCCACGACUGUUUCCUUGAAGGUUGCGAUGCAUCGGUUUUGAUAGCCACCAACUCGUUUAACAAAGCAGAACGUGACGAUGAUCUCAACGAAUCCCUCCCAGGAGAUGCUUUUGACAUUGUGAAUCGCAUCAAGACAGCUCUCGAGCUGUCUUGUCCCGGUGUGGUAUCAUGCGCUGAUAUUUUAGCGCAGGCUACGCGCGACCUUGUCACGAUGGUAGGAGGACCUUACUUCGACGUAAAGCUUGGUCGUAAGGACGGACUCGAAUCCAAAGCGCAUAAAGUCCGAGGAAACGUCCCCAUGCCUAACCAGACGGUCCAUGACAUCCACGGGAUGUUCAAGAAAAAUGGGUUUAGUCUACGUGAGAUGGUAGCAUUAAGUGGAGCUCACACAAUAGGAUUUUCUCACUGUAAAGAGUUUAGUGACCGGCUCUUCGGAUCAAAAGCUGAUCCAGACAUCAACCCGCGAUUCGCAACCGCUCUCAAAGGACUAUGCAAAAACCACACUGUGGACGACACAAUAGCGGCGUUUAACGACGUGAUGACUCCGGGAAAAUUCGACAACAUGUACUUCAAGAACCUAAAGAGAGGACUAGGGUUAUUAGCUUCCGACCACCUCCUUAUUAAAGACAAUAGCACAAAACCGUUCGUUGAGCUUUACGCAACUAACGAGAAAGCAUUCUUUGAGGAUUUCGCACGUGCGAUGGAGAAAAUGGGCACGGUCGGCGUUAAGGGUGAUGGGGAAGGAGAAGUGAGACGUAGGUGCGACCACUUCAACAAUCUCAAUGUAUAGGAAUAAACAUAAAAAUAAUAAUUUUAUGUGUUGUAUUUGCGCGGAAAAGGAAAAAUUGCUGAGAAUAAAGGUUUUGUUGGUCAUGCAAA